CCGUGGUCUUACAUGUCACUGGUGAACGAGGGAUUGUGCGACAAUGAUGGCAAUGCAGCGGUCAAUCUAAGCUUCCAGUUGUCGAGAAGCAGCAGAGCAGUGGCGACACAUACUUGCAUCAUCAAUCCCCACCCAGAUGGGGAUUGCGCAGAGCAGGCAAAUGGUUGGUCCGUGCGGGCCGCGAGACGGCGGGCUAUCUCAAUCGCUUCGCGAGGGCGGAGGGAAUCGAAAUGUGUCAUCGACGCAGGGCAAAGGAGGAGGCAGCAUGGAUGCACGUCCGGAAUGGAUGCGCUUAUCACCUGCGUCGCGAAGCGGAUUUAGGACUCCGCGUGGACGACAGCGACAGGAGGACGCGUCCGCAGGAGGUGCGCACGUAGAACGCCACGACAGGCAGUUGUGGGUGGAGUGCAGGCAGGCCUUGCAUCAAGCUGGAAUGGACACAAUAACGGGAGGGGUGCAAGGGUUCCACGUCGACGAAGCCGACGAUGCGGCUGUUCAAGAGCCCCUCAACUCUGACGACGUUGACGUGCAACUUGACGGUGACGAGGAUUGCGACUCAGAUGAUUUGCCUGAGAUUCGGCCCCUUGGGAGGAAGGUGAGGAGCGGCAGUGCGAGUGUGAAGUGGGAAUCCACUCCGAGAAAUCGGAGGAAUAUAAAAAUUGACAACGACACAGGCGGGAGCGAUGGCGAGGGAGCCCAAAACUUUUGGUCGGUCAUAGACACGAUCGCACUCGUGAGGGAUCAAGAUCUGUAUUUCGCAGGCGUGGGGCACAAUUUCGGUCGCAUGAGGACCAGGGAAUGGAAGUGGGAGGACGUGCGGUCGAGGUUGCAAAAGAUGGGCGUCACGAGGAAGGCCAUCGACUGCGGGAAGAAAUGGGACAACUUAAUUCAAUUUAAGAAGGUUCACAAGUUUCAGCACCUCUCUGGCGGGAAGGACUACUUCAAGCUUGCUUCAUCGGCCAAGAGAUCAGAGGGCUUCAACUUCGUCAUGGACCGGAGCAUGUACGAGGAGAUGGAGGCCAUGACGAAGGGGGGAUCACACGAUCCACCCAAAGAAUUUGGCGAACACGGGGGCGUCGGGGGGGGGGUCAGAUGCCGGUAGGCGUGGGGGAUGGAGGGGAAUCAAUGGGCAGUGAGGGU